CCCGGGCGCCGCGGCCCCGCCAUGGGCUCCGGCGGGUGGUCGCCGCCGCCGCUGCCGCUGCCGCCCCUGCCGCCGCUGCCGCUGCUGCUGCUGCUCGGGCUGGCGGCGCUGCUGGGCUGGGGCUGGCGCUGGCGGCGGCGCGCUCGGGGCAUCCCGCCGGGCCCCGCGCCCUGGCCCGUCGUGGGCAACUUCGGCUUCGUGCUGCUGCCGCCCUUCCUGCGCCGCCGCGACGCCCUGACCCGGCCCGCACCCACGCCCCGCGCCCCGCAGCUCGUCCUGGCCGACCUGGCGCGCGCCUACGGCAACGUGUGCAGCUUCUUCAUCGGCCACUACCUGGUGGUGGUGCUCAGCGACUUCAGGAGCGUGCGCCAGGCGCUCGUGCAGCAGGCGCGCGUCUUCAGCGACCGCCCGCGCGUGCCGCUCGUCUCGCUGCUCACCAAGGAGAAGGGGAUCGUCUUCGCCCGCUACGGACCCGUGUGGCGGCAGCAGCGGAAGUUCUCGCACGCCACCCUGCGCCACUUCGGCCUGGGCAAGCUGAGCCUGGAGCCCCGCAUCCUGGCCGAGUCGCAGUGCGUGCGGGAGGAGAUGCGCCGGCACGGGGGCGCCGCCUUCAGCCCCUUCCCCGCCGUGCACCGCGCCGUGUCCAACGUCAUCUGCUCGCUGUGCUUCGGCCAGCGCUUCGACCCCUCGGACGGCGAGUUCCAGAAGAUGCUGGAGCUGAUGUCGCGCUCGCUGGAGAUCUGCCUCAACUCGCAGGUGCUGCUGGUCAACGUCUGCCCCUGGCUCUACUACCUGCCCUUCGGCCCCUUCCGCGAGCUGCGGCAGAUCGAGCGGGACAUCACCGCCUUCCUGAAGCGGAUCAUCCGGGAGCACCGCGCGUCCCUGGACGCCGAGCGGCCCCGCGACUUCAUCGACAUGUACCUGCUGCAGGUGGAGGCGGCGCGCAGGCAGGGCGACCCCAGCAGCUUCGACGAGGACUACCUCUUCUACAUCAUCGGCGACCUCUUCUUCGCGGGCACCGACACCACCGCCAACUCCCUGCUCUGGUGCCUGCUCUACGUGGCGCUCCACCCCGACGUCCAGGAGAAGGUUCACGAGGAGAUCGAGAGGGUCAUCGGCCGUGCCCGAGCCCCUUCGCUCACGGACAAGGCGCAGAUGCCGUACACGGAGGCCACCAUCAUGGAGGUGCAGCGGCUGACGGUGGUGGUGCCCCUCGCCAUCCCCCACAUGACCUCGGAGGACACAGUGUUCCAGGGCUACGCCAUCCCUAGAGGCACACUGGUGCUCCCCAACCUGUGGUCCAUCCACAGAGACCCGGCCGUGUGGGAGAGGCCCAAUGACUUCUACCCGGCUCGGUUUCUGGAUGAGCACGGACAGCUUGUGAAGAAGGAAACCUUUAUUCCUUUCGGGAUAGGGAAGCGGGUGUGCAUGGGCGAGCAGCUGGCCAAGAUGGAGCUCUUCCUCAUGUUCGUGAGCCUCCUACAGAGCUUCACGUUCUCGCUGCCCAAGGACUCCCCAAAGCCCAACCUGGCCGGGAAGUACGGGCUCACCCUCGCCCCCCACCCGUUCAACGUCAUCGCCUCCCAGAGAUGACGCAGUGGAGAGGCCACGGCGGGGCCACGCCACGCACAGGCCAGCCCUGCUUGGGUUGGGGUUGCAGGGGCAGCAGAGGGCUGAGCUCCUGGCGGAGGUCGGUGACUGGGGGGCUGGUGUCUCCCGGCCGGCCUGUCCCUCUCUUGAGCCAGUUGCAGGACGGUACCCAACUCGCCUCUCCUGUCUCCCAGCAUGAGCCAAGGCUGGGCCCAGGCCACAUCUUGGCUGAGCCCCAGGGCUAGCCUGGAUGAGGGGGGGAGGAAGGCCUGAUGAUGUGCAGGGUGGCCGCGGCGGUGGCCUGAGCUCCGGUCAGGUCACCAGUGUUCCUGGCCCGGGAGUGCCCCUCGCUGCUGCCUUCUGCGUGAGAUUCAGGUGUCGAGAUUCAGGAUCGAACCCGGGUCCUCUUUGGUGGCUGCACCUGGGCCAGCCCAUGGAGGGCAGGUUAGUGUGGGAAGUUCCUGGUCCCUCCCCCUCCUGUCACCAGCAGGGGGCGCUGUAGCUGCUGCUGCCGGACUCCCUUGGGAUGUGAGCCCCCAGAGGAGGGGGCAUUCAGCAGGAAAGGGCUGGGGCUGGCCAGGCUGUCCGCCCUCAGGAAGGGUCCCCACAAGGAGAAGGUCCUCGGGAAAAGGCCACGGUCUUGUCCAGGCUGUGUGGGCGGCGUGGGCAGCCACUGGCCAUCCCGCCUGGGGUCUGAGCCAGGCGCUGUCUACCCUUCUCGGAGCUGGCCCCUGGCAGGCCGGAGCAGGGUCCCCACUGCACUUUACGUAGCAAUGCCGGGAAUGCGGGCUCUCCUGCUGGUGCUCCGAGGGCCAACGCACCAAUGGAAGGAAAAGGGCUCAGAGCGCCAGCCGGAGGGUUCCGGACCCCGGGGGUCUAUGCGCCAAACCGCCCCCUCGCUUCCCCAGAAGAGGGUCCCCUGGGAGAUGUGACUGGGUCACACAGUGCCUUAGACUGGAGCACUUUAGAGCAGGAAGCAUCUCCGGCGAGUCCCUGAGAACUGCUUCCCGCACACCUGCUGGUGUGACUUUGGACAUGAUUUGUCGGAAUCACAGGGCAACGCACUGAAGUGUGGGACAACAGUGUUCCGUUUCUAGAAUCCCCAACAAGCCACAUUUUAGUCCUCAUCUGUUGCCUAAUUUCUGAUGCUUUUAUUAAACGUUUUGACAGAC